AUGCCGACGGGGAGACCGGCGUUCCCCUAUGCGCAGCUGGUGCGGGCCGCUCGGUCGCGAGCCGGCAUUGCCGCGGGCGGCGCGGCCACGAAGAGGGCCAGGGGAUCGUUUGCUCCGAGGCAUGGCAAGGCGGUGGAGCCUGAAGUCUGGGAGCCGCAACGGCAGCAACAAAAGGGGGAGCAGCAGCAGCGGCACACGCGGCAGAGCAAGUCAAUGCAACCAUCGCUACCGUCGGCAGACGCGCAGCCCGUGCCGGCAAAGGGCACUGUAGCAAGCGCGACCACCAAGAGCGUAUCAACAACAAAGGACAGCCGGCCCCUCGAGGCGGUACUCCUCAUGGACCCCCCCGAGCGCGUCUCGCAGCAGCACCCGCACAUGGCACCGCCGCCGUACGUGCACCACUUCGACAGCUACUCGCUCGUCAAGCAGCUCCAGGAGGGCGGGUACACGCAGGAGCAGGCGACGACAGCCAUGAAGGGCAUCCGAACCCUGCUGGCGCAGAACCUGGACGUGGCGCAGCAGAGCCUUGUGAGCAAGAGUGACGUGGAAAAUGAGACGUAUCUCUUCACGGCCGCGUGCUCAGAGCUGAGCACCGAACUCAAGAAUAACCGCAGGCUACAGGAUGAGCAGAUGAGACAGCAGAGGACGCUGCUGCAGCACGAGGUGGACAUCUUGACGCAGUCACUCAACCAGGAGCUGUUGACGCUCAACGAUAAUGUCCGCGGCAUGUUCAACGACCGCAAGAUGGCGGUCCGCGAGGAGCACAAGGCCGUCGAGAGCGCGAUUCAAAAAAUCACGUACAAGAUGAGCAUCCUGCUCAGCAGCGACUCCAAGUCGGAGAUUGAGGGGGUGCGGUGGAUCCUGAUCCGGCGGUCGGUGCUGGGCAUCAUCUUCAUGGCCAUGCUGACGCUAGGCAUGCUGCGGUACGCCACGUACGUCGGGCAGCAGCGCAAGCUCGAGGCGGAGCGGAGGAUGCGCGAGCAAGAAGAGCUGCGCAAGGACGGCGGCAAGACGGACCACAGCUCGGCGGCGGAUGCGGCCGCCAUCCUGGCCGCCACCUGA